GGAUCACGUGCCGGUCACAGCACUGUCACGUCACGGUUGAAUAUGAAUACGCCUUAAAUAAAGAAAAUGUCUACCUUUAAGUUCAAAAGCUCCUAAAGUGGAACAACGUGCUAUACAACCACCUUCUAGAGCAACCACAAACAUUUCUGUUGCCAACACAGAACCAUCCAAUGGAUAUAAUCUGGAAACAUAGAAGCAGAUGGCGCCAGCUGGAUUGACUGUCAUAUCUAAGAACAUAUGUGGCAGAAUAGCUGACAAAUACGUAGAAUACGAUACAGUGAUUAUUAUAAUCGAUCUGAUUUUACUUAAUACAGGAGCUUAUAGACAUAUUCUGUUCAACACAGAAUUCAAGAACUUCUGGAAGUUGUCAAUAGUCCUUCUAGUGGUUGAGUCUUACUCUAGUUGGGUGAUGUUCAACAAAAACGAAGCUGCUGGUCAAUAUAAUAUAACUGAACCAAACCUUCCUGAUCCUACAAUAUAUCUUGACAGUUUAGAAUUCUAUAAAUUCUGCCUUAAUAUAACACUGAGUGAAGUCAGUUUUGUACUCAUGAUUUACCUACUAACAAGCCUCUGUAGCAGAGUUACAGCCAUUGAGAAGACAUCCUUAAUAAAAAUAUGCAAAGCUAUAACAUUGUCAAGCGCUGGGAUGUUUCUGCUGCUGCCUUCAUUGAUUUGGGACCUUCAAGUUCACGAAUACCAUUUGCAGUUUAUUUCACUCUAUACAACUCUUUCACAACUUAUUGCUCACAAAGCCCUUUGUAGCUGUGGGAAGAUAUGGAGUCUCAUUGUGAUAUUCUCAUCAUAUCUUGUGAAAUUGUAUGUGGUGGAGAGGAAUGUAAGAUUGUUGGAGUACCUGUCACAGUGACAAGAUACUUCAAAGGGGAUGGAUUUUUUCAAUGGCAGGAGAAAGAAGGAGUUCUUACCAUAAUGGAGUUUGGAUAUGGGAUGACCAUACAAAUGGUCUGGUAUAUGCAAGGGAUCUCAAAGAUGUCCUGCAUUUACAAACUAGUGGUAGUUUGGGUGUUUCAUCACAGACUCCUGCUCCAGUAUCAAAUUUCAAAGAGACUCUUGGGCAGAUGUCUCAGUUUCAUUGUUGCAGCUGAACUUCCGAAAGUUCUACCAAAGGAAAGUCAAGCUGAAUGAAAAAGAUGUUGUCACCCUGCAGGACAUUAAAGAUGUGGCAAUCUAUACUUACACCGUCUCUCAUUUGAGUUUGGAGUUCAUCAGCUACUUUCACACCAAAGCCAUGGAUAAUUAUCUGCGAUCUCUGAUAGUCUAUUUCCAGUUUUAUUUCCAGGUUAAACAAUUGCUUUUGACAUAUACCACUUGCUUGUCGACCAUCAACAUAUUCUGUGUCGAAAGAUGAAAAAUGGCAUUGUGAAUAACUAGUAGAUAAGCAGGAUUGUCAGUUUCAUUUUUUCUGCUAAACAAUAUCUGUGUGAAAACGCUUCAGUUUACUGUAUAAAGUGAAAUUUGACAUUGUUGUCCAAGAUAUGUUACAAACACCCCUCAUUACUAAGGUAAAAAUCAAAUGCAUUCUUAAAAAAAUUUCUUUAAUUUAAUAGUUAUGUAAUUUUGCAACAUUCUCCUUACUCGUAUUUCAUUGUUUCAUAAAUAUGUAAAUAAAUUUGCUAAAAACGUA